AUGAGUACAAUAUCAUUUCAUACGCCUAUUGAGAGUCAAUGUGUUAGUAGUAAUAAUGAUAGUAACAGUAAAAAGAAUAAUACGAAAGAGAACUUAAUAAUUCCUGUAUCUAUCUCUACACUGUUUGCAAACAAACUUGGACUUCGUAAUCUAUUAUUACACUCUUCCUCUAUUGAUGGAUUACACCAGAAUAGUGAUGAGAAGACACGCUGGUGGAUCAUUCCACCUUCUUUUCUCACAGACUGGUUUCACAAUAGACACGGCACACUUCACGGGGGAUUCGCUCUUGCGCUCUUAAUUACAUUCUGUAAACUUCACGUGGGAUUAUUAUAUGGAGAGGAUAGUGAUGUGAUUAAGAAGGCAAGUGUGCAGUAUUUACGUCCAGUGAAUAUUUCAUCACCUCUUGCAGUGCGUACUUGUUUAGAAAAUGUAGAUAAGAAUAAAGUGCGGGCAACUGUAGAACUAUAUACACAAGAAAAACAAUCGAAGAAGUUCGUAUUGGGUGCUUCAUCUAUGCUUUGUAGGGCUUUCAUUACUAUUGCGCGGGGUUCUUCAGUUCAAUCGCAUUUGUAG